UGAACUUUUGGGAAGUGGUAUUUGCACCAUCUCAUAUUUUAUUCAUGAGGAACUAGACCAGAGCUGUAGAGGCUGCAUUUAUUUUUUUUAAAAUGAAUCUUAUUGUGAAACUUCGGAGAAGCUUUCGAACAUUGAUUGUUCUCUUAGCUACCUUCUGCCUGGUGAGCAUUGUCAUUUCUGCCUAUUUCCUCUACUCUGGCUUCAAACAGGAAAUGGCUCUUAUUGAAACCACUACAGAAGGAGAAUGUGCUGACAUCAAAGUUCUACCCUAUCGAUCAAUGGAGCUGAAAACAGUUCGACCUAUUGAUACGUCUAAAACCAAUCCCACUGUUCUCCUCUUUGUGGAGAGCCAAUACUCUCAACUCGGUCAAGAUAUCAUCGCUAUUUUGGAGUCCAGCCGAUUUCCAUACCACAUGGUCAUUGCCCCCGGCAAGGGAGACAUCCCUCCUCUUACAGAUAAUGGCAAAGGGAAAUACAUCUUAGUGAUCUAUGAAAACAUUCUAAAGUACGUCAGCAUGGACUCAUGGAACAGAGAGCUACUAGAAAAAUACUGUGUGGAAUACAGUGUUAGUAUAAUUGGUUUUCAUAAAGCCAAUGAGAACAGCUUACCAAGUACACAAUUAAAAGGGUUUCCAUUGAACCUUUUCAAUAAUCUAGCUCUAAAGGACUGUUUUGUCAACCCUCAGUCACCUCUGCUGCAUAUUACCAAAGCCCCCAACGUGGAAAAAGGUCCACUUCUUGGGGAAGACUGGACUAUUUUCCAAUAUAAUCAUUCAACCUACCAGCCAGUGCUUUUAACUGAAUUACAGACAGAAAAAUCAGUUUCAUCCUUGUCCAACAAACCACUUUAUGCCACAGUGAUUCAGGACCUGGGGCUCCAUGAUGGUAUUCAGCGAGUUCUUUUUGGCAACAACUUGAACUUUUGGCUGCACAAGCUCAUCUUCAUAGAUGCCAUCUCUUUCCUGUCAGGGAAGAGGCUGACAUUGACCUUGGACAGGUACAUUCUCGUAGACAUCGAUGAUAUCUUUGUUGGGAAGGAAGGAACACGAAUGAAUGUCAAAGAUGUGAAGGCAUUACUAGAGACUCAAAAUUUACUGCGCACUCAGGUUGCAAAUUUUACCUUCAACCUUGGAUUUUCAGGGAAGUUUUACCACACAGGAACUGAAGAGGAAGAUGCAGGGGAUGACCUUCUGCUUCAGUCUGUGGACGAGUUCUGGUGGUUUCCGCACAUGUGGAGCCACAUGCAGCCCCACCUCUUCCACAAUGAGUCAUCCUUGGUGGAGCAGAUGAUUCUCAACAAGGAAUUUGCCUUGGAACAUGGCAUACCCACCAACCUGGGCUAUGCAGUGGCACCACAUCACUCUGGGGUCUACCCGGUUCACCUUCAGUUGUAUGCAGCUUGGAAGAAGGUCUGGGGUAUUCAGGUCACCAGCACGGAAGAAUAUCCUCAUUUGAAACCUGCGCGGUACAGAAAAGGCUUCAUUCACAAUAGCAUCAUGGUCCUCCCUCGACAGACCUGUGGGUUGUUCACCCACACUAUUUUCUACAAAGAGUAUCCUGGAGGACCCCAAGAACUAGAUAAAAGUAUCAGAGGAGGCGAACUUUUCCUUACCAUCCUUCUGAAUCCAAUCAGCAUAUUCAUGACCCACUUGUCGAACUAUGGGAACGACCGCCUGGGCUUAUACACUUUUGUGAACUUGGCCAACUUUGUGCAGAGCUGGACCAACCUGAAACUGCAGACUCUGCCUCCCGUGCAACUAGCCCACAAGUAUUUCGAGCUCUUUCCAGAGCAGAAAGACCCUGUCUGGCAGAAUCCAUGUGAUGAUAAAAGGCACAAAGACAUUUGGUCCAGAGAGAAAACUUGUGACCACUUGCCAAAAUUCCUUGUAAUUGGGCCACAAAAAACAGGAACAACUGCACUUUAUUUAUUUCUUCUCAUGCAUCCUUCCAUCAUCAGCAAUCUCCCCAGUCCAAAAACCUUUGAAGAAGUUCAAUUCUUUAAUGGCAACAACUAUCACAAAGGAAUUGACUGGUAUAUGGACUUCUUCCCGACCCCAUCCAACAUUACAAGUGAUUUUCUCUUUGAAAAGAGUGCAAAUUACUUCCAUUCCGAAGAAGCUCCUAAACGAGCUGCAUCCCUGAUCCCCAAAGCCAAGAUCAUCACCAUCCUCAUAGACCCCUCAGACAGAGCAUAUUCUUGGUACCAGCAUCAAAGAUCACACGAAGAUCCAGCUGCCCUAAGGUUUAAUUUCUAUGAAGUUAUUACAACAGGACAUUGGGCACCAUCUGACUUGAAAACAUUACAGAGACGAUGCCUAGUUCCUGGGUGGUAUGCAGUCCACAUCGAAAGAUGGCUAACUUACUUUGCUACUUCUCAGUUGCUAAUUAUUGAUGGACAGCAGCUGAGAUCUGACCCAGCUACUGUGAUGGAUGAAGUCCAGAAGUUUCUGGGAGUUACACCUCAUUAUAAUUACUCUGAAGCAUUAACGUUUGACCCCCAAAAGGGAUUUUGGUGUCAAUUAUUAGAAGGAGGAAAGACCAAAUGUCUUGGGAAAAGUAAAGGCCGAAAAUAUCCACCUAUGGAUCCAGAGUCUAGAACGUUCCUCUCUAAUUACUACCGAGACCACAACGUGGAGCUGUCUAAGCUGCUUCACAGACUGGGGCAGCCUCUGCCAUCCUGGCUGAGACAGGAGCUGCAGAAAGUGAGAUAGCAUCAGAGGUUGGAACCAAGGCGCACAAGAAACUAAUUUUCACGAUUAAAUAACAAAACAUCCCCA